UGUGUUUAAAGAACAUUAAAUCGUGCAUACAUGUUUUAAUACAAUCCCCAAACACAAGAAUUAACCUUCAGUUGAGCAUGACAAGUCUCCUUUAAACUGAAUGUUGCGUUUAUAUCCUUUUUUUUGUCAUGAUGUGUGUCUCUUUCUUUCCACAUGGGGGCAGCAUCCGGCCCCCAGCCGCAGCAGCAUCCUUCCCUUCAGGUGAGCGCAGUUACCUGACGGUGCGCUGUAUGACAGCGCAUUAAAUCCAAACAGCGCCACACUACAGUAGCGCAUUCACACAUUCGAGAAAAAGCGGUGAUGCGUCUGCUGCUGUUGUCACCACAGGACAGUAGAGGGACAGCUGGCACUGUUUCUGGAGGCAUAAAUGCACUGGUGAGUGAGGAGGGGAGGAGACGAGAGGGAAGAGGGGGAGAAAUGUUGAGUCAGUGUGAGGCAGGAGCACGGAGGUAACUGUUGGUUCCGCUGGAUUUUUGUCGCUGCACAGGAACAGGAGCGAGUUUUCUCCACGACAUGCCGUGUCCAAACAUUUACGCGGAGCUGCUCCGGGGAGCACCGACGCGCCGCUGACUGCUGCCUGCCCGACCAGCCUCCGGACACAAAGAUUUGGCCCCUCCGAGGGACCCUCAUCGCCUCCAAAGCUACCAGAACGCAGCGAGGCACACAGUUCACAGCGCACUGUGCCUGACAGCAGCCAUAGAACAACGCUCGGGGGAUUUGGAAUCCUGCUUUAAUUAAGGGAAGAACAUCUUUCCUAAAAAGCAAGGAGCUCCUGCAGUCAUUACACUCCCGCAGUUUUCUUUUAAAGACUUUGGUUCAUCUAUUAUUUCUUCCACUGUAGACUCUAUCACCAAGAUAGAGUGUGUGUAGAACUGCAGGUGAAUCAUUUCAUUAAAGCUCUGUCAUAAAGGCUUUCUCUUGGAUUAUCAGGGCGCUAUUGAAGGUCAGCGUUCCUUAACUGCCACCGCCCCACUCGUUCGUUUAUCCCUUUUUCGACUCUUGACUUUGAAGGGUUUUUGUGGGAUUAAGUUUUAUGCCCUUGGACACUCUCUUCAAGCAGCUAUUCCCCAGGAAUAUACUCAAGCCAAAACUUUAAGGAAGAUAGCCGCCCGGCAGGAUGCGGCGAAGGGAAGGAUAAGGCCGGAUAGAAAGGAAUAGAGGGAAGUGAAGGGCAGAUGGCUUCUCUGCGCCGAAAACACCAACAGCAGAAUGAAUAAAACAUCGGAAUAGAGAAGGUGUCGUGACAUCUGGCUGAGGAGUGAGUGAGAUACAUUCUCCCUUUUCUUUUCCCUAUUCUGCCCACUCCUAGUAUCCCUAGCAUCAUCAUUCCUUGUCAUCUAACCAUCUUUCACUUACCCUCUCUGGACACCCAGGCGCUCAAUCAAACAGACAGGAACAAGCUUAUUUCAACGUUUAGUGAGUUUCCCCCCCCUCACCUUCUCUUCCUCCCCCCUGGUGCGGCGUGUGAUGGUGUGUCCCCUCCUCUCUUUCCUGGAGACAUGCCUGUGCAGGAGAUGGCGGUGAGUCCUGUCAAGUCGCUGUACUGGGAGCAGUUCCCCCCCAUGACGCAGCGCCGCGUCUACUGCACCCCCGUCUACCACGAAGGCCUUCUCUAUGUGCUGGGGGGCUGCAGCGAGACCGGCGCCCCCCUGGACAGCGUGGAAGUCCUGGAUGUAGAGAGUCAGACGUGGAGCCAGCUGCCCCCGCUGCCCACUGCGAGGGCGGGGGCCUCGGCUGUGGCGCUGGGGGGCCAGGUGAUGGUGCUCGGGGGCAUGAACCAGCAGCAGACCCCCCUGCCGUCCGUGGAGAUGUACCACCCCGACGAGGGCAAGUGGGAGACCAAGGCCAGCCUGGGGCAGCCGUCCAUGGGGGUCACCACCGUGGAGAGAGAUGGAAAGGUGUACGCGUUGGGAGGAAUGGGAGCCGACACAACGCCACAGGCUCUGGUGAGGGUCUAUGAGGCGGAGAAGGACCAAUGGCAGCCCAUGACUUCCAUGCCCACGCCGCGGUACGGAGCCACGCCCUUCGUAAGAGGAAACAAAAUCUACAUGAUGGGUGGCCGUCAGGGGAAGAUGCCGGUGACGGCGCUGGAGGCCUUUGACCUGGAGAUGAAGAGUUGGACACGUUACCCCUGCAUCCCCAGCCGGAGGGCCUUUUCCUGCUGCGCUACCAAUGAGCGCAGUUUCUUCAGCCUGGGGGGCCUCCAACAACCGGGGCCACACAACUUCUACUCUAGACCUCACUUUGUCAGUACCAUGGAGGAGUAUGAUCUGGAUCAGGGUAUCUGGAUCAAACCCACCCGAACAUCCAGGAUGAGGGAGAAGAGGGCGGACUUCGUGGCAGGAUGCCUGGGAGGAAGGGUCAUCGCAGCUGGUGGUCUAGGUAAUGAGCCGUCGCCGCUGGGCACAGUGGAGAGCUACAACCCUGUGAAGCGGCGCUGGGAGUAUGUGGCGCCGAUGCCGACCGCACGCUGCUCCUCCGCCCUCCUGCAGACACCCAGCAUGAUGUUCGUCAUCGGCGGAGUCUCCCAGGGACCCAGUAAUGCAGUGGAAGCCCUCUGCUUACCGGAAACAGUGUGACACUAGCGCUCAUGCUAACACACGCAGGAACACAUCAUUUUUAUUCAUGUUUGUGCAACGGAAACACAUGAAUUGGAUCCAAAACAUCGGACUAAGAUACAUUUCUACCCUUAUGUCAAACUGAUGGAUUCCUCUUGUAGACUGGGAGGCAAGUUUUUGAUAUUUAACAAGCAUUUUGAGACAGAUUGUGCUAGACGAUGAAUUCAAGAUGAAGGACGUUCAGGCCGGCUGCUAUAACUGCCAGGGACAGAAAACUGACAGCUUUUCUACAUUGGCUAAAAGCAGAGGAAGAACAAAAAAAAAACGACACACACAUAUGGUGUAUGGAGAAACAACACGCCUUUGAACUGUUAAGCAUUUUUCUGAAUUAAAGCAGGGUACUUUUCUGGAUAUUUAAGGAAGAUAGGGCCAUAUCUGUAUGUAUUUGCUCCCCUGCUGCUGUGACAGCCAGAUCGGACACUUUUCUAUGACUUAAGACACAACAGUUGCAUUUUAGAAGUUGGUGUUCUGCGAAAGUAAACGUCUUUUCUUUUUGUUGCAGUGUUUUAUAUGUGUGGAAGUUGGCACUGCUUGCAACAACAUCAACAACAGCGGCCCCUAGAUGCGUUCAGAUCGCCGUUUUUGAGAACCAGUGAUGCGUUGGCAGACUUUGACUACAGUCUUUGCGUUUCUUUUAUUUUCAAGUUUGCAGUUAAGCUGACUGUGGUUGAUCUUUUCAGCAUCUGGCUCUGCACCCCAUCUGUCCACCUCUGCUACAACAUUAGUAAUCAAUCCCAAUCCAUCACCAAGGCUCAAACAGUCCUUCACACUGUAGCACAAGGAUGCAGCUGCACGUGAAGGGAAUGCAGAGUUAAACCUGCCGCACUGAAGCAUCCACACAGAUAAAUAAUAGCCUCAACAUCCAGACAUCUUAUAUUCCCCCUAAGUUUUAUGAUGGAUAGUGGUACAAUAGAUUAUUUUACUCAACUUGAUAUCAGCCACACAAUGAGGAAUCAUUUUGAAGAGCUGAUGAUACCUUGGCAACAUCUUUGAAGCAAUGUGUCACUCUAGGUUUUAGCAAGCAGGAUAUUUAAAAAAAAAAAAAAAAAAGGUAAAAAGUCUCAUGGCAUGGAUUUUUGUGAUUUUGGGUUAGGGAGUAUAGAACUGUUUUGGUCUGACCCUACUGUUGUGUUGGCCAUCAUGAUCAUUGUUCCCGCAUAUUUACAUAACCAAUGUUGAUAGUUUCUUGAGGAUAGUCAACACAUUUAGGUUAAAAUUAUUCUGAAAGGUUUGAAGCUUUCUCAAGAAGCGACCUGUGAUUAAGAAAGACAUGUACACAUACCCAAAGAAACUUCUUCUGUACAGUCCCAUGUAUUCAACAAAUAUUUCUGUCAAAGAACAGCAGUAUAGUGCCUUCUCUCAAGAAGAAUCUAAUCAGAUUUUUUAAAUGAGCCAUACUUCUAGACUAAUCCCUUCUCAGGACAUGGUUUCGACAUUCAUGUUAUGGAAAUGUGGGAAAAUGUAUCAUGUUAUAGCUAAAUUAGUGAUCAUGAUAUUGCAGAAAAGUACAUUUUUUUACAACAAGAAAUAUUUCUUGUUGAUGCGAUAAGUUUGUUGUAAUGUCUUGAAAAUAUCUUGUUAUAUCGUGAUAAUCAUCUUGUUAGGGUUGGGGUUAAACAUGAUACAGGUCAGUUUUCUUUUUUCUGGCAUGGCAGCAAUAUGCUUCUUUAACCUACAAAUGAAUGGCAAAUAAGUAUGUUGUGGGACUGCUUAGAGAAGUCUCUUUGGUUGUGUUAACACAUGAUGUGCCAUAACUGGGUUGACAUUGGAAUCCACUGUAACUGCUGUGAAUCGAAGUUGACUACAGCUGCUACAAACCUUUCGGAGCCUCAGUCCAACAGUGAGUGAGCAACUGAUACCCAAAAGACAGACUUUUGUGAAGAAUUCUGUUGUUUGGGCUGAGGCGAGGAUCUGUGUACAACAGUUAGAGAUGAAAGAUGAUGGCCUGAGCUGCAGUGCAGUAUUCUUUCUGAACGAUUCAGUGAGUUGUCGACAGCAGACGCGGUGGGGCGGGAAACAAAGGAAUUACCCAGUGGACUGUGUUACCGUGUGGCAAGCAGCCUCUGUUUGUCUUUCUUAUGCUGCCAUACAAGUAGCAUUAUCCAAUUUCGCUUGAAGAGACACUGUUCAGUUCCUCCAUUCAGAACGUUAGGGUUAGGCUUAGCGUUUAGUCGUUGAAAUAAAUGACCCUAAGACUUAGUAAAGGUUCCAUUUCAACCAAAGUGUUUGAAGCACUUGGUUGUUUUUGUUAAUAUUUGUAUCUUUGGGCAAUGGUUUUACCAGCUUCAUUGCCCUUUUACUCCUUAUUGCUGACUGGAAAUUAUUUUUGCUAUGUCAUGUAUAUAUUUAUUUGCCAAUUUAUUUGAUGACCUAGUCAUUAAAGGUAGGGUGUGCUUCAACAUGAUUUAUGAUAGUUACAUUUAUAAUAAGAAAGAUAAAACAAAACGAAAACCACAUUGGAUAGAGAGAUAGGACUGGACAAUGGUCUAUUUUGCCACUCUAACACACACACUAAGCUCCGGUACAGUACAGUCCUGCAGCAAAAUUGCAGGGUCCAUCAUUUAAAGAUGACAUUCGUUGGCUUAAUCCAAACCAUUUAAAAUGACUGAAUGAAUGUCACAGAUGCAUGAGAUUCCAUGAAUCCCCAGAAGGGACAUAUGGAGGAAAGACAGUUGAAGGUUUAAGAAAAAUACACAUAGUUUCUCACACACAAAUAUGUUUGUGGUGCGCACCCUGGCAGAACUUGUUACAGGAGUCAGACAUGUAAUACUGUGGAGAGUGCUGGAGCUGCCGGAGCUCAGAUGAGAUGCCAGUUGACAGUUGGUUAUUUCUGGUGCGGCAUUGUUUGUAUUUAGUGUGUGAGGUAGAAUCCACUCACAUAUGCCAGGCACAUACCUGCAAGCCUGAGUGCAAGACUGCUGUCACCUUCUCCCACGGUUCCUUUUGGCAACACUCAUAAAAGCUUGGAGAACACAAAGAUAAUUGUGUCUGUAAACAGCUCUGCUGGUUGGGAGCUGUGGCCCCCUUCCAACCAUGAGCCUACUUGAAUUAACUGCAGUUUGCUAGAGUAUGUGUGAGAGGGUAAUUGUAUUUGUUGUCCUGGAUGGGUCUCAUGCAAUUUAUUUGCAUAUAAAUUGCUCAUGAAGAGUGUAUUUCUAAAAAGUUAUACAAAAAGAAGGAUUUGGCUUUGUUUUCCGGGAUUCUUUAGUUGCCUUAAUGGAGCCACAGAGGAAUUUAUUAUGUUUUUGAAUAUUAAAAGGAGAAAAUUAACAAGGCUGAGUUGAAGCAACAAGGUUGUUAGCUAAUAGUUCCUUUUUCACAAACAAUACAGAGCCGGACAACUCUCUUUUACAGUAGUGUUCCUGUUCCCCUGAAGAAUGUAAGGCUACUAUCUCCUUUAACUCUUUGAUUUCCACUAAAUCCUGAGUGAAAUAUCUUGCUUUUUAGCUGCUAAAUGCUCACUGUGUCUUUCUAUGAAACAACAUGAGAGAGAGUGAAUGCUGUAAGACUCAAAUGUGCUCUGUAGAGUUGAGGAGGACUGCAGAGUUUGGUGAAAAACAUUUGUAAGUGCUAUUUUGAUCUCUUUUGAUCAAAACCAUGUUAGUUGAUUUGUAUUGUCCGUUGCUCUAAGCUGAAAACACAACAUCUGACAUAUAAUAAUUUUAUGUGUGCAGCUGUGCUUCUGUGUCUACAUUGUAUUUGUGUGAUUGUGACCGUAUGUGAGGGCUUUGUUUUCAUGCGUGUGUGUGGGUGCGCUUUCUUGUCACCCAGCCACACUCACCAUCUAUUAUUGUGCGAGCUGUCUGGAGGAUGUAAAAUGUCUACUUCCCAGUCCUUCUGUUUCUCUUGCUCUUCUAAACAGUUUACAUGCCACACUGCAGUCCCCGAGGAAUUCUGGAACAGUGCCAGAGUGAGCUCUCUCUGUGGGUGUCUGUUUUUACUUUUCUCUCUCACUCCCUCUCUGACCCUGUCGGAUUGUUUUCCAGAGAAGAUGCUUCAUAAAUGUUCAAGUUCUCUUUCAAUAGAGAAGAUUUCUCAUGAAUCAGAUUUUCUGGGUACUAAUGUGACAUGUGCUGUUUCACUCAUUUGGAGUGAAAUCUCUCUUCAAAUUCAGAUAGAACGUUUUGGAACAAAAGAGAGGAUGCUUCAAUACAGGCUGUACCUUGAGCCAGUAGCAAAUGAUGCACAGGCAUAAGGAAAUGCACUCUUACAUGUAGGGUGACCAGGUGUCGUACACAGCAUUUUUAUAAUUGGUCCCGCAAAAUUAGGAGAUGUCCUGCGUUUGAUUGACAGUUGCCCUUUUUAAUACUCUAUUACUUCUAAUACUACAUCUAAGGCUUUUAUCCAAUGGCUGUUUAGAAAGCAAGAACUGGCUAUCUCCAUUAGCUGCGUCAGAUGUCAAUCAAUUAACAUAGUCUGGCCAAUGUUUACUUACUGAAUGGGUGUAUCCAGUGGAGGGCGAUUCCCGGAGAGCUUUCUGAGAGAUUUGCCAGAUUUUUUUUUCUUUUUCGUGCAUUGCGGUCAAUACGAUUUGAAGGGACGACCACAAAAAAUGCCAGGCUCAUGAACUGAAAACAAAUGAUGAUAAUGAACAUGUACCACACUGUGCAGCAAUUCUAUCCUAAAGGUCAGCUGACUGUGGGAGUAAGCUAUCACUUUCAGACUCAAAGGUGCAAAAAAAUAAUGUGGACGAUUGUUUGUUGGAAAAAUUACUUGCAUAGUUUGUGCAAAGAAAUCAAUCCAUAGCAAAGCAUUGUUAUUAAUAUUUAUAAGUUGAUAGUUUCAAUACAAAUUAAAAAAUUGUAGGGUUAUAUUGAAAUCUCUUAGCUUUGCUGUAACUUCUCCCACAUUGUCCCACACCAACAUAUUCUUUGUCCCACAUCUGGCUUUGUUGACAACUGGUCACCCUACUUACUUUCCACGACCAGAGCAUUAAUAUGGUUCUGAUUAGCACAGGUUUGAGGGUGAUUUUUCAUACAGAAAAAUCUGCAGAACCUGAGGCACAGGGCAAAUUAGAAAGUUAUAAGUGCCCUAAAAUUGUUUCACAGAUUUGUAAUACCCCGCAGUAUCUGGUUGUCAACAAAUCACAAGACUCAUUCUCAGGCACAUCUUUAUUAUCUGGAGUUUACAGACAUGAUUUGCAUUGCUUCGAAUAGUUGCCUUGUGUAUCAUUUACUUUUCAAAUAUUUCCAGAUUACAGUACACCCUUAUUUCCAAGAUACAUUCAGUGCCCUAUUGUAUUGUAGGCACACUGUGCAUGGCAUGCUCUGUGCCUUAAUUCACAAAAAUAAAAAGGCCCAAAGGCUCAGGUUCGGAAACAAAAGCGGAGGUGCGUUCCAUACAGUGCAAAGAUGGGGGCGGAAGAUGCUGAAUUCACACUGUUUUCAGUUUUAUGAAUCCAACGCAGAACUGUGUAUCAUAUUCGACAAUGAAAAGCCUCUCCAGUUUUUUUCUUUUUUUGUGCGGGCCAAUUUAACACAGUUUCCUGGGCAACAGGGAACGGUGUCAACACCCGCAGGUAGCAUAAUUGUGUUCCUCUCACAUUAGCAUAUGUGUUCUUGUUUUUGUUCCUAUUUUUUGGACCUGUAGAUGGAAAGAAAUAUCAAACAUCCCCUUUUUUAUUAUUCAUUAAUUAACCAGGAUUAAAUAUAUUUGUGUUUUUUGUGUCAAUUGUUCAUGUUAUUACAUUCAUUUUACUCUUGUGUUGUGGAUUGAGAUCGUGAGGUGACAAAAAAUGUUGUGGUGUUGACCACAUUUUAACUGGGUUCCCCAAAUUGUUUGUCACUAGUUAUGUUUAGUAUACAGUGGUGCAGGAAUGGGUCCUAAACCCCGGGAAUGAGUCAGCAUUUUAGCAUUCUAUGUAUUUCUAUUUGAGAAUUACACAGAUAAAUCUUUUUUUUUCUUUAACCAUAUUGCUCAGAAGACAUGCAUACAUGCAGUUUGUGUAACACUGGAGAUUAUGUACAUGUAGUACCGCUAUCUAAUUGUUCUGAAGUAGAAAUGUAAGGUGGCCAACAGGUGUAAGCGCAAUACAAGGGCCUAGAACAUUGACAAAUAUAAAAAUACAAAUGUGCCAUAACACAUGCAAAUGAAGAAACAUCUUCAACUUGACGAAAUAUAAAGAUGAUCAUAAAAUCGUAAGGAAUCAUACAAUAACAUUGUUAAAAUAGGCCGAUAAAACGCUUCCAACAACAGUGACAGUUGGCCAACUUAUCAUCCCCGAAUGUCAACAAGUGCUGCAGCGUUUGAUAUUUGCAGCGUUCUGUUCAUGCAGCAAUUUUAGUAAAUGCUGCACAAUUUUCCUCUAAUUGGAGAAGAUGUUUCUUCAUUUGCAUGUGUUUUGAUACAUUUGUGUUUUUAUAUUUGCAUGGUUUCUGAAGCUGCAUCAAAUUUUUCCUGGGCUAUAGCGCGUUUGUACCUGUCGACCACCGUAGAAAUGCCAAGGAAUGAUUAUACUUUAACACCCAAAUAGUCAUCAGCAAACAAAAUAGAAUACAGCAAAUUUCAAAACAGAUUGAUGAUAUUUUGUAUUCUGUAUUAUUCUCUGUUCUAAUUCUGUGAUUGAAUCAAGAUUGUUCAAAUAUUUACUUUUGCAGAACCCUGUGCAAAUCGAGGACCUCCAGCUUUAAAUACUGGUUGUCCUUUUAACUCAAAAGUGAAACUAGUGUGUACAGACAUUUUGGGAAACAGAAUCCCUCUCCUGUGCUGAUCCCUCUCCCUGUACUGUGAUUGACAUGGUCGAACAAUGGUGGUAAAAAAGCUUUGUGGUCUCCAUGGAUCAGUAAUGCCAUGUGCUCUGUUUUUGCAAAAUGUGAUUUGGAAGGUUUAGUAAUAAAAUGUAGUGAAGGUGAUAAGAAAGAAGGUUGGACUCAACUCGCUCAGAUGGCGUGUGUGGGGAGGUGUAAGGCAGUGUGUGUGGAAAAAGUUAUAUAAUAUAUUCUUGUUUUGGUUAUAUUGCGUUACACAGGUUCUGGAAACACAUGCUUGUAGUCUAACAGACUCACCCACACACAGUCACUUCUGCCAUUUCAAACUAUGCAGAUAAAGCAAAUCAAGCUCAUCCAUCACUGAGUUCACCCAAAGUGACAAUAACCCAGUAUGACCCCAGUUUAACAGUGCUGAAAACAUUUAUAUAAAAAAAAGAUAUAUAGCUAUAGUAUAUAUAACAGAAACAGUUUUACAAACUGGUAUAUUUUGUAUGGCAAUUACAUCAGUUUGAGUGGUUUUGAAUAUUGGUAAAACUCACAUUUAAAGGGAGACUCCCCCAAUGAAUGAUGAUGGUGUCAUCAUGCUGCUGUGGUUUGGGAUUAAGAAAUAUAAUUUCCAUUUUAACGUUUGUUAACCUAAGGAUAUUCAACUUUAUCGAGGUGCAAUACUACAUUGCUGACACAUGUAUUACUUAAUCAAACAGAAAUGUAUUACACAUUACCACUACCUCUGAAACAUGAUUUUAUGUGAUAACAAGACCAUUUUUAAUUUGGAAGUCCAUGGAACACAAAUACAAGACAUUUUUUAUUUUUAGCUUAGCAUAAAGACUGAAAGCAGAGGAAACUUUGUAGACUAACAGAAAUGUUAGCCAAAAUCUUGGUAAUGUGAAGUACUUAUUCUGCGCCACAAAUGCACAAAAUCAUUACAAUCUAAUUGUUUUCAAUAAUGCUUCUAAGAAAUACAAGAUGAGUCUACUCCUUUUUUACAGGAGGAGGACUGUUUCCUUUUAUUUCCACCCACAAACAAAAAGAGAGUGAAACGAGAGGUAAUAUGCUGGCAUUACUUAUUUAUUAUAAUUCUCAUUAUAAUAAUAAAAGUAAUCCUUAUAAUAUUUGCCAUGGUUGUUGUUGUAAUUGAUCGAUGUGACACUGCAGUGCAGGAAAUGUAUUGACAUGUAUUAGAAGGUCCAGGGCAAGACUGAAUCAGUUUUAGGAUGUGUUUGGAUGAUGUAAUGUUCACAAAGAAAGGCUGCCUCCCCUCAUCAAAGCCUGUCAGUCACACACCAAAUAUAUCAGUUGGUGUUCAAUAUUUUUAGAAAAAGGGUAAACGUUGGGUUAUAGUUUCAUUAAGAGCCAGUUUAUGAUGCUGAUAAUGAACUAGUAACAGAACUAGGCCAACAAUUAUAACCAACCUCCUUCAUUACAUAGCCUUAUUAGAAUUGACCAUUAAAGAGGACAAAGGUCAGACAAUUACAGAAAUGUUCCUCUGAACAGUGAUUUGCUAGUUUUUUUUUUCACCUGUCAACGUCAUUCAGUAACUUUAGUCCAAGUCCUCCGCAACCUGUAUUUUAAGAUGAAUAAUGCUCCCCAGUCUGAUGGGAAAAUUCAAAAAGAGCUAAAGGAAAGGGGUUUCCAACAUAAGCACUUUUGCCAGAGACAGCAUGCACCUGUCACGCAAUAUCUGGGUGACAUUGAUUUUGAUCUUGAUGCCAGAUGGUUGGGGUAUUAAAUUAGUAACUCAUUUCGUUUGGCUUAACAUAACUAUAACCAAUUAUAGCGUGAUCAAUUUUGACGGUUCAGCCCAAAAAUCUAAAGGUUUUCCUCUUAACUCUGGUACUAUUUAUCAAUGUUGUUUUGGUGUGAGUUGUUACAUUGAGUGUUGGACAUAUCUACCGUUGAGACGCCUGCCUUCUCUUUUACACCAAUCUAAUGGAACUUGAUUUUCAAAUGUAUUUUUAUGGUGGUUGAGCACCACGCCAUGUGCCAUCUAUUUCUAUCAGCAGACAUCUCUACUACUAGUAAAAUUAAAAAACUAACAAUUGAAAGUUCUUUCAAAUAUAAAUGAAAAUACAAAAAACGACUUUGUUAAAAAACAAGACAAAAUAUAAUUUGUUUCAUCCACAACUGCUAAUCAACUACAUUAAUAAUGCCCUGUUUCAACCAAAAAAAAGAGACUUAACCUUAAUUUACUCAGAUUUGUGCAUAUAGAUCCUGUGACCCACACACAGAUCACUUCAUUUAGCAUUUCUGUAAUACAUUAUAUUCUUGACUUGGCCAUGGGUUAAAUCAUCAUGAUGACAUUUUACAUGUAGCUGUAGCUAACGUCAACGUGACUGGCAGGCUUUGGCUUUCAGACCGAGUCGUGGCUGUGACUCCAGUGCAGUAGUUCAGUGCCUAUACUAAAUGUGAGGUAGUGCCUCGACUGUAAAUCCUGUUCUACAAUAAACUAUUUUGACAUGCUGUCUGAUUCCAUA